AUGGGCAACGGCUCGGCGCUGGGCCCCGCGACCGUGGUUGCGUGCACCCGGAGGGGCGUGCUCCACGCGUGGUUCCAGGUGUUCCCAUACUCGCCGCACGCGGAGCCGGUCACCCAGCGCGCGCUGGGCCUGUGGACUUCCGGGGGAUCUGGCGCCAGGCCCGCGGUGAGGGCGAUGGCGGCCCGGCCACUACCGACCUCGGGGGAUCCCGGGUUUGUGUGCGCCGUGGCGGGCGAGGACAGGUCGAUCGUCGUCUUCAGCGGCGCCGGGGGGGAUCUGGACGCCCUGCAGGUGCUGCCGCCCAGCGAGGGGGGGGAUGGCGGGUGGUUGCGCGGAGUGGCCGCGUCACUGCUGGGCGGGGCGGGCUGGCGGGCAUCGCGCAGCCCCGUGCUGCAGGUGGCGAUCCUGCCGGUGGCCGCUCCGAGGUGGAGGCUUCUGGUGCUGACGGAGGAGGCGCUGGACUCGUGGCUGGUUCCUGUUGACACAACAGAGUCGGCAGAUCUUACAUGGUCCUUCAAUCUGCUGCCAGCACUGAAGAGCCAACUGAAAGAGAGGUCAGAGUUGGCGAUGAUUGGCAUGGCGAUAACGUCAGACACCCAGCACUUAGUUGUGGGGUCGACCAGCCAAAGUGGCUUCUCUCUGCACACACUCAGCAUUGGAGGGCUUGGAAAUCCCGCACUUUUGGAUUUCACACCUGUGGAAGGCGUUCAGUGG